UAUCGGAUCUGAAAUUUUUUAUGUUCACGAAUAUGUAAAUUUUUUGGCAUGUUUCCUAACAAUAUUGAAAUAGAUACAAAACUUUGACGACUAAGUACUUUUUGUGCGUAUGAAUUUAGAAUGGGAAAUGCUUUAGGAUGUAUUCAAGUGGAGGAAUCAACCUUAGGAAUAAAAGAAACAUUUGGGGAAUUCGAAAACGUCCUAACUCCUGGUUGUCAUUUGAUGCCUUGGUGCAUAGGCAGCGAGUUAGCAGGUUAUGUUUCUCUUAGCGUGCAACAUCUUGAUGUUCGUUGUGAAACAAUGACAAAGGAUAAUUAUUUGGUGACAGUUGUUGCGUCAGUUCAAUAUAGAGCAUUGGCAGAUAAGGCAAUUGAUGCUUACUAUAAACUUAGCAACCCGAAGGAACAUAUUCAAGCCUAUGUGUUUGAUGUCAUUAAGGCUAUUGUCCCAACGAUAAAUUUAGCGCCACUGCCUGCGGAGUCAAAUUAUAUCGAAAAAAGUGUGAAGGACCAACUUGAUAAGGUCAUGUCUAUGUAUGGGUACAAGAUAGUACGAGUGGUUGUAGACAAUUUUGAGUUUGAUGAAUCCGUAAAGACGUCCAUAAAGGAGAUCGUUGAGGCUUUAAUACUGAGGGCGGCUGAGAAUGAACAAGUUGAAACAGAGAAAGUUGAGCGAGAAAAACAAGCACAAAUAGAAACAGAUUUCAAAUACUAUUCCGGAAUGGGGACAGCAUUGCAACAUCAAGCAAUCCUUAAUGGGCUAAAGAAAAGCGUAGCGGAGUUCACCUCUAACGUCCCUGGAACUUCGGCUAAAGAUGUGAUGGACAUGAUCCUGGUAACUCGUUACUUUGAUACCAUUAAAGAGAUUGGUGCAUUAACAAAAUCAACUUCUGAGUUAUGGAGCUAGC